CACACGAUACCGCGGCAUGGAGGUUACUAACCACGGGUAUCUCCUGGUGCUGAUAUGUCUGGUACACUACGCCGCCGCACUCAAAUACUAUGGCUGCUUCGAGGUUGACAAACGGAACCGAAUUUUCACAAUGAUCCCUGGGGAUGUUCGUCCUGAAGACGUGACGCCGACCACUUGCGCGACCAAAUGUGGGGUUUGGUUGUAUAAUUACUGCGGACUAGAGUACGGGAAGUUUUGUAGAUGUGGAAAAUAUCCACCCCCAGAAUCGAAGCGAUCCAACUCAUCUUGUGUAACUAAAUGCUUGGGCGAUUCUUCUCAGACGUGUGGAGCGAAAGAUUAUGUGGAGGUAUACACGACAUCUCCUCCAAUCGUGGGCCUCGCUAUGACCGCAUCAGCCGGGACCAGUGAGCCCGUACUGACCUUUACAGAAAUCAUCCUAACGAUUCACACCGAAAGCGCCGGACUGGACACCGCCUUUAGAAUGAACUAUGGCGACGGGGCGGGAAGAACGGAUAAAAACGCUACAGACAUGUUACAGCGAAGUUACGUCACCCCGGGGACUAAACAGAUCACUGUGAUCGCCAACGACUACAACGAAACGUUGGUGGAAAAAGUAGUAGCGAUAACCGUUCAAGUGGAUGCGGCUAUAGCAGGUGUAAAUUUAACUUGUCCAGAUAAUAUGGCGUCGUUCGAAUAUGCAAUGUGCACCUUGGAGGUGAUGCAGGGGUCUUACAUCAAGUUGACGAUAAAUUCGGACGACGCUAGCCCAGAGGUUCUCUCACUCGCAGAUGCUGACACCCGUAUCAUUGGGCCGCCUAUACCGACCGUUGGCCCUGCACUUCAUGGGAAAACCCCAACGAGUCACAUAGUGGCUCCGGCAUCAGAAUUCGAGUAUCCAGGAAAAUUGUACGGGCUGGAGUUUUACGCUGAGACAACGGGAUUGAUCACUUUCAAGGUAUUAUGUCCAUCCUGCUCCGAUUACUGUUUUGCCACCAAUAUGUGCGGAGGCACAUGUCCUGGUACUAAUGACAAUGUGUGUUCUCACUCCGAGCAAUACUGCCUGUCUGCACAUGCGUGCUGGGUAAGCGGCCCGUGUAGCGCCGCAUCACGCUAUGACGGCACCCAGCGUACUGACCUCCAAGUUUUUUACUCCAAAUCUCACACCAUCACGGACAUUGGUCAUCACUAUCUACCUAUCACGGAUGUGGUAGAUGUGACCCCUGGGUGUGUGCUUGGUUUCUCGGGGGCGACCUUGGGCGCUAGACAUACUACUGAAUCAGACAAAGAGGAUGUAAUAACCACCAACGUCGGUGACAAGAAUGCUGCCACUUCAGCGUCACAGAGACAUUUACUGCGAGGCCAUACAACACAAGGAACCAAGCUGGAGUAUUCAGUCAUGUUUUAUACAGCCGGCACGAAAGCUAUGACAUUUACGUUGGAGAAUGAAAGAAUUUCUUCGAUUUCUCCAAUUGUGCUGAAUAGGACUAUCAACUGCGUGGAGGGUGUGAACGUGUCCAUCAUUUCCAUCCCCAGUUACGUGCCUGCGCGAGUGCCGGUGUUGUUAGAGUUAAAGCCCCAUACCGGAUCUUCGUUAACGUACUACUGGGCCAUUGAGAGGGAUGGUAUCACAGCGCAUGUCAACACUACCAAUGAUAACACCGAAAAGUUCAUUUUUGUCAGGGGAACGUAUACAGUGUCUAUCAUAGUAGAGAACAUAAGCAGUCGGAAGGAAAAUACAACGACCAUUAUCGCACAGGAACAGAUCCAAAACCUGUCUCUCACUCAGCCUAAGUGCGUCGUGGAUGAGGAAUGUUGUAUCACUCUUUCUAUGUCGCAGGGGUCGGACUACACUUGUCAAUGGACAGUGAAUGGCGAGUUCUAUCAGGCUUCUGAACUGAAAUCGUUGUCCACCUCAACACAGACUACUUAUGCUGAGACACCGCCAAAUACAUGCUUCAACUAUCUGUUUGAGUUUGAGGAUAUAUCUAGAUAUUCAGUUUCUGUGCAAUGUUCCAACGGUCUCGGCACGGAGUCCGGCUCUACAAGUAUUAUUGCACGAGAACGAAUAAAGGAUGUAAAGUUCGAACAAACGGGAGCACUUGUGGGUCAGUCGUUUUACUUGGCUUUCACUUGGGGAAGUGGAGGCGCCGACAUCAAGUACUCCCUGACGUUCAACAAUACACAGCCAGAGCUCGUCAAGGACACAUUUGCAAAUAGAGCAAGGACUGUGACAAGCUAUCCUGGAGAAUCUGAUACCUCAAAGGUUUACCCUGCUGUACUUACGAUGAGUAACGAUGUGUCUCAGCUCACGCUUUCCUUUAAUUUUGGAAUAGAAAACCUGAUUGUAAAUCCGUCAGUCACUGCCGACUUCACACUUGAUCAAAAUGGUGUUGUCGUAAAGUCCAAGGGUGAUUCCGUCAGUUUUACCGUUACUAUGGAUUCCGGCACUAACCCCAACGUUCAUGUCGACUAUGGCGAUUCCUCAGCUAAUGAAACAAUGACGACAACUCCGACAUGGUCUGGACCUCCAUAUGUAGCGAGUCAUACCUAUACUACACUGGGAGAUUUCACCGUGACGAUAAAGGUCUAUAAUACAUACCACUUGUUUGAAUACACUUACAGAGUGCUUGUCGUCAAAAGGGUGGAAAACUUACAAGUUUUUGUGAAUAAUUCAACGAUUCUUUUUGAACCUCCAGGAAAUGCCGAAUUCACAUUCCAACAGACAGUGUCAGAAGACGCACCGAAUAUGGCAUCGGUAGUUAUUAAUGAUAACAGUGGCUCCCCAACAGAAGAACACCCAUUUACUGUCGGCACCCCGAUACCAUUCUCCUUUUUGAAAAAUGGAGACUUGACUGUGACAUUUAUCAUAACUAACCCUCAAAAUUCGCUCACUCUGACCAAAAGUGUGGAAGUUGUAGAGAAAAUCGGCACUAUUGAUAUAAUACCUCAAGUUGUACCCCAUGCUCCUAUUGGUGAAUCCGUUUCCAUUGAUGUCAAACUAUCACGGGGGGACACCGGAAACGACCUAAAGCUUUCGUUCGAUCCGGGGAAUGGUGCCUUACCAACAGUCCGCAGCAGGACAGGUGUGAGUCCAAACGGAGUGGACACGUUCACAGCUUUGUACCCAGCUGUUGGUACCUACAGGAUCACCGUACAAGCUCAAAGCAGAUUAGAGACGAAGACCCAGACCUACGAUAUCGUAUGUCAAAGCAAGGUCACAGACAACUUCAACUUCGUCACUGACCAUCCAACUAACUUUCCAAGCGGUAACACAGCUAGUAUCAUACUGCAGUUUCAAUAUAACGACGACCCUCCCACUAAUGCGACAUAUACGGUCGACUUCGGAGACGGCACUACCUUCGGUCCAGCCAGUCUCAGCAGUUUGGUGUUACAUAAAGGCAUUCCUGCAGACAUACAAAAGACAUACACGGUUGACGGGGAUUUUUACACAACAAUCACUGUUUCCAAUCUUGUUUCCAGCUUUUCCAGCACAAUCAAUAGCGGAGUGUAUAAGCCUUUCCAGGGCCUUGCUGUGCAAACAAAGUAUAAGCCAAAAAUCCCAUCAUCAGGAAGUGACGCAGAGGGAUUCGGGGCGUCAAAGGACGUGUUUCCGGAAGGACCGAUCAAGUUCUACAUGAGCAGUACCCAAGGGACCUUCGUAUACUAUGAUGUAAAGGCAACGUCCGGCAUUACCGUCACAGUGUGCAACAUGACGACAAAAGACAUGUUUGAACUCAAUCUUACGAGCGGGACAUACACCAUUGAUAUCACAGCGAGGAACUAUAUAGACAGUCAUAUGGAAGCAGUGUCUACCUCUGUGGUUAUUCAAGAAUCCGUCGUUUUAAACAGCGUUACGGACAACGGCGCCACGGUGGCUGUAGGCGCUGUUAAGACUAUCAUUCUUAACUUCAACACGGUUGGGGAUCAGACAUGCGUGCAUAUCGAUCUAAAUGACGGUGACUUCAUUAUACUUGGAGAUUCCCCAACAUGCUCGACAAGGUAUAACGCCUCUGCGAUAUCAUAUUACUACUCAAAUAUGCCAUUGACGGUGGCGACUACGAUUACUCACACCUACCAAUACGCAAGCCGUUUUACGGUGACAGUUAAUGCUUUUAAUGGCGUUUCUGACUCUGCAGACACAUUAGAACAUGUUGUUGCCGCAACAAAUUGUUCACUUCCACAGUUAAGUAUUAAAUCACCCGGAUACUCUGAUGAUUUCCAAGUUCCUAUUUCGUUCAUGAGGAGUGAUUUCAUUAUCUUGAUCGGACAAACUAUAAUUAAUUGUCCAGAAACGGAAAAAAAUCAAAAAGAAUGGUCGAUUGUUCAGAUUGACGAAUAUGGAAAUACCCAAACACAAAUUGAUAUCACAAGUAUAGAUUCACGUACCACCUCUGAGUUAGUGUUGCCUCCACGUUUCCUGGGGCUGGGUACCUAUAAAGUCCGCUACCAAUUGACAAUGCUGCCUGGCAAAAGCACGGUCGAUUUUGGAACCUCUGCCGAUACGUUCAUACGCACGGAGGCGUCGCCACUAGAGGUCAAAUUAUUUCCAGGGGGAGUGUCGAAGAUCCAGUGGAAGCACGGAGAAAACUUGGUGAUUAAUCCGGCCAAUCUCUCUACAGACCCGGAUGUACCUGCCGGAAAAACAUCGGAAUUUAGUAUCUGCAGAUGGUGGUGUAGGAAAGUACCAGGCAGUUUUGAUGACGGAUUUGAGUCAGUGCCAUUACACAGUUCAGAGAUAGCGAGUCACCCUGACAUUGGAGGGUGUUUCCGACAGGGUAACGGUAGGAUUAAUACAAAUGCUUUACAGCUUGAAUUUAACACAGACAACAUGCACGUUGGAGAAACAUACGAGUUUAAGAUCAUUCUGUAUACGGCUGAUGGACGCGAGGGAGAAGCUCUGGGGCAGUUGGAGAUCACAGAUUUCUUACCUCCAUUAACUGUACCGAGAUGUUCUGCUGCUUCCCGAUGUACCCAGUUAUCUGAUGGUGUCGAGGUUUCUGCUACCACAAAGCUGUCGCUGUACACGGACUGUCAGGCCAACUGCGAGCUCAUAUCGGGCUACAAUUGGGUGUUGUCCCGACCUCAGCAUCAAUGGGUCUGGGAGCCGAUCCCGUAUAGUGAGCUUAAACAGUACAUAAACGGACUUCUGGCUGACUCGUCUGAACAGAUAACCUUCAAAGACGGCGUGUUUGAUGCUUUUAAGUCUUCAACGGACACUUUCCGCAUCUCCUUGACGACAAAUUUAACUAAUGGAAACAUGGCCUCCACGUCGCUAGACAUCAAGGUGAACAUGCCCCCCGCUAACGGAACCUGUACUGUGAGUCCAAAUACCGGCCAGGUGACUGACACUUUAUUCACCUUAACUUGUAUGGAUUGGGAGGAUUUGGAUGGUAUCGAGAAAUAUACCUUCUUUGUAAAGACCAACGUAAGCGAAAAAGAGAUACGGCUCGCGUAUAUAUUGGAACCGAAACGUGAAUAUGAUUGCAAGUUUCCACAGGGCACUGAAUAUGAUGACUACAAACUCCACACCUGGGCCCGUAUCACCGACACGAAGGGAGCAGCCACUGAUUAUUAUAUCGGUGUUGUCACGGUGAAUCCUCUUAGCCAAACUGCACUGGACGCAAGAUUGGAGACGCUAAACGCCGGCGGCAAUGAUGCCAUAGAUCAGAUCUAUGCUAGAGGGGACCGCAAUGAAGUUGUUUCGCUGAUUUCUGAAUUGAGAAGUUUGGUCAGCGAGCAGAGUAAGGGGAUGUUAACAGAAUUCGGAGGAAAUUAUGCUGCUGGGUUCAAUACUCCCACGUAUGAUGAUCCAGGGCGCGAGAACCCACAAAAACUGGACCCAAACACUCCGGUUAACGAAACGGUACAAGCAGAAGCCGAGAGGAAACGCAACGAGGGAGCAAUGAUUCUCACUCAAGCAACCACCAACUUAGGGAGCCUUUCUCUCAGUUCGCCAGAAUCUAUCAUCCUUAUAGCAUCGGUGGCUGUCGAUAUUGCUGAGGAAACACCAGAAUGUUUACAAAGAGAGGCACAGACUACUUUAGCUGACUUCACAGAGAAGGCAAUUGACACGCUGCAAAGUUUUAUCGAUCAAGAUGUCACUGUGACUAUCGAAGAACGUAAGGCUAUCGCUGGCAUUGGUAUGGGAAUUCUAAUUGGUUCCAGAUCGGCUUCAACCAUAAACUACGCGAAUCCAAUUAAAUCGGACAUCGAUAAUGUCAUAGACAUAGCGGAUUAUGACACUGACUACAAUUCUCCUGACAAACCUAUUUCGGACGAUAUAGAUGACCCUAAGGAUGCGUUUGCACAGCUGUUAAUAUUUACUAGUGAGGAUCAGCAGGAUGAAGUGGCAGGUCAACUCGAGACAAAAUCCAGCGCGAUUGUACAGAAAAUCGACAAGCUCAUGCUUGAUGGGCUCAAUCCUAAGGACGAUCCCAUAGUUAUUAAAGCCAAGACAUACGCGGUCCGUUACGAAAAGAAUAGUUUAGAAAACCUUUCCGGGGCCAAAUUAUCUCUUGGAGGAGCAGAGUUCAAACCUCCAGACUACAGCAAAAUCUUUCCUAAUCUGAAAAGUAACACCGUUCUGUCUUUUAAGGCUAUGACAUCAGUUUGGAAAGUCCCAGGUUUAAUUCCUGGAUCAGAGCCACUGAACCAUGACAUCGGCAUAUUAAGCAUCAGUUUAUACGACGAAAACAACCAGGAGAUGAGUGUGACUAACGCUAAAGAACGGUUCGAGAUCAGCAUUGUUAGGGAUCCAACUGCAUACAACCCUCCAUCAGACCAUCAAGCACCGUUCAUCCAGCCCGGAAACGACUUCUAUUUCACCUUUAUUGUGGUCACCAAGGAGCGGGCUGCAGUACAGGCGGUGUUUGAGUUUAUGGAAUCUGAACAGCUUCUUGUAGUAGUCCGAGCCGGGGGGUUUCCGAACAUCACAACAGGAGAAAUUGACCACGUCUGUAUGGUACCAAAUAGGUAUAAUGAAACAGACGAAGCCUCGAUGACGUGUUCGAUAACCACGGACAUGCUUCGUGGAUACAAAGGAAAACUGUAUUUUGGAGUUCGACAAAUGUUACCUUCGGAGCGAGAUAAGUACCGCUUCGUAGCCGACCUCCCGAAGGAUUACUCGAAAGUGUCCUCGAAUUUUACCUUUGAAUACAAUGUAUCAAUCAGCCAGGCAAAUUGUCUGUAUGUCAAUACCACAACUAACAGAUGGGAAGCAAACGGCUGCUCGACUACUGAGAAAACGACCAAGAGUAUGUUAAACUGCCUGUGUUCUCAUCUGACGACGUUCACGGGCGACUGGGCUGUAGCGCCCAAUACUAUCGACUGGAACUUUGUAUUCUCUAACAUGGACUUCUUCAAGAAUCCUACUCUGUAUAUCACGGAAAUGGUGAUAGCUGCCGUCUACAUAGUCGCCGCCAUUUGGGCAAGACGACAGGACAAAAAGGAUGUGGAGAAGCUUGGACUUACACCGCUAGUUGACAAUGACGUGGUAGAUAAGUACUACUAUGAAAUCGUAGUAGUGACCGGCAUGCGGAGGAACGCUGGCACUAACUCAAAGGUAAAUUUUAUACUUUCGGGAGAUCUUGAAGAAACGGAAGUUCGUUGUUUAUCUGACGACAAACGCAAAGUGUUCAAGCGUGGAGGAGUGGAUGGCUUUCUCCUGGCUGUAAAACGACCCCUUGGUCCACUGAACUACGUACAUAUCUGGCAUGACAACUCCGGCAAGGGUAACACAGCGUCGUGGUACAUGUCGUCAAUGGUGGUACGGGACGUACAGACGGACGACAAGUUCAUCUUCAUCAACGACAAGUGGUUUGCUGUGGAGGAAGGUGACGGAAUGAUUGAUCGCAUCAUCGCUGUAGCCGGCAGGGAACAAAUGACCGAGUUUGGUCAUUUGUUCGCCGAAAAGACGACGAAGAAUCUGAAUGAUGGUCACCUAUGGUUCUCCGUUGUGGCUCGUCCGCCUCAGAGCCGCUUCACACGUGUUCAGCGAGUAUCCUGCUGCCUCUGUCUACUCUACGUCACCAUGCUGUCCAAUGCCAUGUUUUACGAAAACGCUGCUGCUGAUUCUGGAAGCUCAUUCACUUUUGGACCUUUUAGCUUGUCUCCUACACAAGUAUACAUCGGUGUUCUGUGCAACAUUAUAGUGUUCCCUGUCAACUUUCUGAUUGUCUAUAUAUUCCGCCGCUCUAAACCACGAAGCAAGAGACCGUCUCGUGUAGAGGAAGCCAUCAAGAGUAGUACCCAAACCACAGCGUCAAUGACGGAUGUCAACCCUAGACUGAAGAGUGCUAACACCUCGGGAGUGAGCUCCUCCAUGCUAAUAGAAAGUGGAAAACGCCCAGAUACGUCCAUGUCUCGUGCCUACACGUCUUUGUCUGUUGCUGACGUACCCAAGGAUAGCAAGAACAAGAAGAAGAAGUUUGAGUUUCCGUGGUUUUUUACCAUCAUUGCUUGGAUUUUAUUAUGGUUAACAGUCCUCGUUUCCGCCGCUUUCGUUACGUUCUACGGAGUGAUGUUCCAAGACGUCAAAUGCAAACAAUGGAUCACAUCAAUGUUGAUAUCUUUCUUUACCUCUGUUUUCAUUACACAGCCAAUAAAGGUGUUUGCUGUUGCGAUCCUUUUCUCUCUCAUAAUCAAAAACCCCGGAGGAGAUGAAGAUGAAGAAGCAGAUGACGAAGAAAAACCCAAGAACCUGGCUACUGACGAGGAAUACUUACAUAUGGACGAGUUCGGUAUGGGAGCAGCCAAACCGAAGAAGGCCUCCUACGUACCUGCUGAUAACCAACUUCUAGAAAAGGCAAGGGCAGUGCGCAUGAAAGAAAUCAAGAUGUGGGCGGUCAUAAGAGAGAUCAUCUUUUAUUCGUUUUUCGUAUGGAUACUCAUGGUUAUUAGCUACCAGAACCGAAGUACGAACUCGUAUCUGUACAAGUUCAGCAUGGAACAAGUCUUCAUCAUAACGAAUGACACGAAUCAUAAGUUCGAAAAGAUAACAAAUGUGCAAAACUUCUGGACGUGGGCAAAAACUGGAUUGGCAACAGGUAUACGUGCGAACAAAUGGUAUAACGACGACCACCCCUUGUUUCUAAGAGGAUACAUAAACGACAAAGUUUCACGACUUAUGGGUUACGCCACAAUGAGACAGCUUCGCAGCAAAAAAGAUACUUGUCGUAUAGCUGACGAAAUCGCGAGAGUGAUACCAGAAUGCAAUGGAGAAUAUACUAUUUUAAACCAGGACGAAGGUGAGUACCAAGUAGGCUGGACGCCUAUGUAUGGCAACUCCUCUGAUGUUACAAGAGAAGAAUACAUGUACACUUCAGCUGAGGAACUAAACGGUUAUCCAUACUGGGGCCAGAUGGCUUUGUAUGCAGGAGGUGGAUAUUUGGUUAGACUUAAAGGAUCAUCAAAUUCCAUCAAAAUGAAGAUGGAACAGUUAGAAAGGGAGAAAUGGAUUGACAAGUAUACAAGGGCUAUUUUUGUUGAGUUCACGGUUUAUAAUCCAGGUGUGAAUCUUUUUUCUAUAUCCACUCUGCUAGCAGAAUUCAGACCAAGUAAUGGCAUUUUUCCAUCAUACCGAUUUGAGCCUGCAACACUUCUGCCAUACAUGAACUCGGUUAUGUUUUUCCAGCUUGCUUGUGAGGUCAUAUAUCUCCUCUUCACUCUUUACUUCGUCAUACAUGAAGUGCGUGGAAUAAUUCGAGAGAAAAUAAAAUACUUUAAACAGUUUUGGAAUUUGAUAGAAUUAGGAAUUUGCGUAAUGUCGGUGACCGCAGUGGUGUUGUACUUUUAUCGGCUGGUUAAAACCAAUACUCUAACUGAACGGUUCAAGCACACUCACGGCAAUGAGUAUAUGAAGUUCCAAUAUGUUGGCUACUGGAGUGAAAUAUUCAGCUACAUCAUUGGGUGGUUGGUAUUCUUUGGGACACUUAAGUUUUUGAAGUUGUUGCGAUUCAACAAAAAGAUGUCCUUACUGGCUUCAACCCUGAAACACUCGUGCAAAGAUCUUAUGCAUUUUAGCAUAAUUUUCAACAUCGUAUUCCUUGCAUUUAUCCAGUUCUUCUACCUGAUCUACGUUGCGCACAUCAAAUCGUUCAGUACGUUCAUUACAGCUCUGGAGUCCGGUGUUGUUAUGAUGAUGGGAAAAUUUGAAAUAUAUAGCAUGUUAAGAGUGAAUCCCGUGCUCACUCAGGUCUCGCUCUUUUUAUACGUUGUGGCUAUAACUUUCAUUGUGGUCAACAUGUUUUUGUCUAUCCUCAACGAGACCUUCAGUGCUGUCCGUGCCGACCUCGACAAACAGAACAAUGAUUACGAAAUCGUUCAGUUCAUGCUCGGUCGGUUUAAAUUAUGGACUGGAAUCGGAAAGGUUGACAAAAGUACACUGAAACCAGAAGACAUCCGGAAGGUCAAACAGGAAAGUCUCCAUGGCAAGAUCGAAGAAUUCCCAGACCGUAUCGACAGACUUCUCAACUCGAUCUCCAACGUAUACAUGGAAAAGGACCGGAUCGAUUCUAUAUUUGAAAUGAAUGCACGAGGUGGAAAGAGCUUGAACCUGUCAAAAGGAACUCUCGCCAGAAGUUCAUAUGCUGAGAGGCCGUCGAAGGGAAUGACAACAGUCCAUACUAACUGAUACAAGGAAGAUGGAAACAGGACAAUGUAUCAAACCUACCGGAAAUUUCCGUUGUACAUAUUUGUGUGACAUAGAAUAUAAAGGAAACAUGAGAAGAGGCGUACUACAUACCAGGAUAUAGAUAAUCUUAGAUUGACAUAGUUUUUUUUUUCAAACUGCAUUUGACCAUCGUAUUGCGGUACUCUUGUGUUAGUCUUAAUGCUAUUUUUCUUGGCAGUUCCAGUUUAGCAUGCACUCACAAAUCAGUAACUAUGAAAAAAUGAUUUUUUGGAAAUAAGUCAAAAUGAAUAGUGAAUAGAGGGUUAGGAAAUCCGCCGUUGAAUAAUUAACAUCUCAUAUUAGUUAUAACAAGGAUAAGAAACUAUUUGUGUAAAUCAAGGUGAUGUAUAAGGAUAUUUUCAAACACAUAUACUAUAUUCCGGGAAAUUUUCGCUGCACUUUCAUUUUCGCCUUUUCGACCACCGUUAUGAAGGCGAAGUUAUCAUUACAGCAAACAUAAGUUAACAACAUCAUGUGUGUAGUAAUUGAAUGUGAUGGGCAAACUUAACACUGGGCGAAUAUUGUUUGUUCUGAAGAAGGGCUGGGCAAAACUUUAUAUCAUAAGUCUUGCAAGUCCUGUGAAUGUGUCAUCUGUUGAUUAACAGCAUCAGUUGUACCAUUCCUAACAGAAAUCCUUUUUUUGUUUCUAUUUGUGGAACUUGCAUGUAGAAAAUGAUAUGGAAAUUUAUCCUAUGAUGUAGAUCGGAGAAAUUUAGUAUGUUCUAUGCUACAGUAAAGCUGACCAUUUUCCCUCAAUUGUUACACGGGCUUUUGAAACGAACCAAUGUAGUACAAUAGAUAAAUGUUGAAGUGCAUACUUAACAAAAUAUUUCCGGAAAUAACAUAAAAACGUAUGUGGUCAUUUACUGUCAUAGAAAGCUGGCAUGAUGAUUAUUUAUUAAGUAUCGACAUUUUAGGUAUCAGUAAUGUUUUGGCGACUAGAGAGUAUUUUGGACAAAAUUACAUCCUUGAGAACACUAUUUACCAAAAAGUCAAGUGAUUUGAUUUGUUACCUUGAUAAAUAUUCUUUUUUAUUUAAUCUUAUUUAAGAUCGAGAGGUCAUUGAGUGCGGUUCGUGUGUCCUGAUACAAUGUGCAUCGCGGGAAACUUAUAUCUUGUGCGUUUUUUAUUGGAACUCGUACCCUUUUUUAUCACAAUACAGAGAAUACAGUCACAACCCUUCAAAACCGCAUGGUCACAAUGCAUAUAGUUACGGCCUAACAUGAUCGCAUAGUCACAAUACAUACAUAGAUACGACUUUAAAAGACGUCAUGAUCACAAUACAUAUAGUUACGGCCUAACAUGUUCGCAGAGUCACAAUACAUGGAGAUACGACCAUAAAACACCGCAUGAUAACUAUACAUAUAGUUACGGCCUAACAAGAUACGACCCUAAAAGACCGCAUAAUUAAAACACAUGUAAUAUCGAUCCUACAGGACUGCAUGAUCACAAAUCAAAGAUGCGACAAAGGUAAAUUAGCAUAAUCCGAAUAAUAACGACACUAAACAAUUACGUGAUCACAAAGGUGUUAAAAUACUACAAGAUCGCAUGAUCGCAAUUCAAAGAUCAUGGCACUUCAGAAUUGCUUGAUCACAAUACCGUGCCAUGACUACAAGAUCGAAUGAUCACAGUACUAACAAUACGACACUUCUGAAUAGCUUGAUCACAAUACCGUGUCAUGACACUACAAGAUCGCAUGAUCACAGUACACAGUCACAACACUAAAGGAUGGCUUGAUGAUACGACAAGACAGUACAACAACGACCUUACAGAAAGUUAUAAUACUACCAGAAGGCGAGAUUACAAUAAACAAACAGAACGCUACCAAAAAGCACAAUGCAAAUAACGGCAAUACAUAAGUGAAUUAUCACGAUACACAAUUUUGACGCUAAAUAAUUCUAUGAACUAGGCACCUUUGAAAUAGUUUCAUUCAUACAGUUUACUUUGUAUAAAACCAAUUAAUAUCCGUCCAUUAAUAUUGUAUGUGGAACUGCUGGUGGUCAGGUUGCGUAUUUGGCAAAUAUAGAUAUGUUCUGACUCUAAACUGCUGAAGGUUGGGAUAUGUUAUAGUUUAAAUACAUCUAGGUUAAAUAUACAUGACUGAUAUGGCAAACCAAAUAAUUGUACAACUGUAAUAUACUUUUAUUCUGAUGCACUUAUUUAUUUUCAGACGGCGUAAUGUCGAUUAACGAUGCAAAUUUUCAGAUGCACUUAUUUAUUUUCAGACGGUGUAAUGUUGAUUGAUGAUGCAAACUUUUCAGAUGCACUCAUGUAUUUUCAGACGACGUAAUAUUGAAUGACGAUUCAGGUUUUCUUGAAACGUUUUUAUAUAGCAUGGCAAUGUGCUAAUUGACAUAGUCAAAAGGUAUCCAGAUGAAUGUUUGAUUAUUGACGAAGUUAAUGGUCUAAAGAUGAUUGUAUAGUGAUUGAUAUGGUAAAGGAAUUUUCAAGAGAAUGUCUAUUUAUAGACAUAGUAAAAAGGUCUAGGUAAUGUCUUGCAAAGUACUGCGUUUAUAGAAAUACAAUAAAUAUUUAAUGAUUGUGAUAUAGUGAUUCAGUUGUUAAUUCAAUGUUCAUGUUGAAAUCUUUUAGAAUUUCAUUUGAAAUAAAAGUGAUUGUUUAU